GAACUGUACCUUGUGGAGCUUUAGCCUGCGUUCCUAACAAUCCCAAAGAACAAAACGUUUAUCAAAAUCAGCUUGAUACAAAUGCUGUUUCCCAAUAUGGUUAAAAACAGAAAACAACGUUUUAAAAAUGUAUUAAUGACUUAUCCGACAAAAAAGUUCCUUUUGACCUUUAUAAAAGUUUGGCUCACUUUUGUGAACUCUAUAUUGAUGUUAUAUUUUAUAUUUCCAUGUAUGUCUCACAUAACAUAACAACAAAAGACAUGGAAGUGGUGUCCUAGCUGGACCAUUUCUGGGCAAAAGUAGAAGCUGUUUAUUAUUUAUCUAACAUUACCAAAUUGCACUCUGUGAAAUAUUUAGGGGGAAACUUGUAUUAAAAUAAUUUCUGCUGCAUACAAACUUUCGACACUGCCUGUGACCCAUCUGUGGGACAUGACCCAGACUUUGGAAAUGACUGAUAUAAACAUAGAUAGAACAGAUAGAAUUCAAGGCCAUAGUUAGUUAACUGGAAAUGUAGCAGCGGAGGUCUCUCUCUCUCUCUCUCUCUCGCUCUCUCACUCACACAUACACACACUGUCUCUGUCAAUCUCACUCUCUCCCCCUUCCUUCCCAGCGUCGUUGCCAUGGCACCCUUAGUCACUCUAGCGGUUAAAACGCCGCCACUCUCCGUGUUCAGUGUUGGACGUUCACUCUACGUGUUGGUGCGCACCGGCUGCACUCAGAGUUGGCUGGUAUUUAGGUCGGUUCGGUUCGGUUCGGCACGGCUCAGUCCUGGUCCCGGAUGAGACUUCACCAUCACCUGCGGCUGGACGCACGUAGAUGGAGACGCCGCACUGUGCCGACUGCUUCACCUCCUCUCCCGUCCCAGGGGGGAGCGCGCUUGUAAGCUGAUUUGAGUCGGGAAUGUGAAAACCUCAUCGGGAUUAGAAAGGUAUUUGUUUGACCGACAAUGCCCCGUGGCUUGGUUUGGCUUCCCCGGCUAUUGUUCGCGCAGCGGCGGACGCACGGUACCAGGUCUCGGCCAGUUCCUCCUCAGUAGCUGCGCAGGCUCGGGCUCCAGGUGUCUCCUCGCUGCUUUGCUCCUCUCCGAUCGUGUGAGGAUUGGAUAAUAUGACUUCCUGGCUCCGCACACAAGGCACCGUCCCUCCGUGUCUCCUGCUGUGCUGUGUGGUGGUCGCUGUCUAUGCGAAAGCCUCCAGCGCCGGAGACAGUGUCUGUUCAUCUCCUAGUAUCACUUCUUGUUCACAGUGUCUCAGACAACCACAGUGUGCCUGGUGCUUUAUGGAGACCUUUCAUGACGGGUUAUGGCCGGGUCAUCGCUGUGACCUGCCAGUAAACCUGCUCAGACGAGGCUGCACGUCAAAGUACAUGGAGCAGCCAGAGGUCAAGGUGGAGGACAACGAAACCCCCAGCAGCACACAAGUGUCACCACAAGAUAUUAGCAUCACCCUCAGGCCAGGUGCAGAGGCCAGUGUUACAGUAGCUGUGAAGCAGCUGGAACGAUACCCUGUGGAUCUGUACUACCUGGUGGACGUUUCAGCUUCUAUGCAAGAACACCUGGAUCAGCUAAAGACAGCAGGCAUAGCUCUGUCUCUGCGUAUGUUGGAGCACUCCACAGACUUCUGGAUGGGUUUUGGCUCAUUUGUGGACAAACCCGUCUCCCCUUUUAUUAACGUCCAUCCCUCAAAGAUCAGCAACCCCUGCAGUGAUUUUGAGGUCAGCUGCCGUCCAGCCCACGGCUUCCACCAUGUCCUCAGUAUGACAGGAAAUAUGAGUGAGUUCACACGCGUGAUCAAAAACCAGCGCAUCUCGGGAAACAUGGACACACCUGAGGGAGGCCUGGACGCUAUGCUGCAAACUGCUGUCUGCGAGGGAGAGGUGGGUUGGCGACGAGAGGCCAAGCGUCUACUGCUUUUGAUGACCGACCAGCCGUCUCACCUGGCCCUGGACAGUCGUCUGGCGGGGAUUGUCACGCCAAACGAUGGUCAGUGUCACCUGGAGAACAAUAUCUACACUGGCAGCACCAGAAUGGACCAUCCGAGUGUGGGUCAACUGUCUGACAAGCUACUUCAGAACCAUAUCUACUCAAUCUUUGCGGUAGAGAAGCAGCAGUACCAGUGGUACCAGGAGUUGGUGCGUUUGAUACCUGGCUCCUAUCUGGGAAAGUUGGGUCUGUUCCAAGGCCCUAACCUCUCAGAACUGGUGGUGGAUGCAUACAAGAGGCUGUUGUCAGAGGUCGCACUCUCAGUGUCUGUGGAGGACAAGGCAGCCAGCAGGUACUGGGUGUCUGUGUCUCCUCUCUGUCCUGAUGGAAGCACUGCUGAAGACCAGAGCUGCUCAGGAGUUCAGCCCAACCAGACGGUCUACUUCAAUGUCACCAUCGGCCUGCACUCUUGUCCAGAUGAUGGUGAAAAUGAAGAUGUGCGAGUGAUCGUUCGCCCUGUUGGUUACAACGAAACCAGCGUCAUCAGGAUUCACUCCAGAUGCAGCUGUAGCUGUGGACCAACAAGACGCUGUUGGGACAACAAUCAGUCGUUGUGUACUGGGACUCAAGACGGCUCCAGACUGGAGCAGAGACAGGAGCACGGACUGAUCAAGGACUCGGCCACACGUUCAAAACAAACCUGCAGAGCCGAGGGAUCAGAUGUGGACUGCAGUGGCCGUGGGGAGUGUGACUGUGGGAGGUGUGUCUGUGAACAGAGCACACUGGGGACGGUUUAUGGGAAAUACUGUGAGAAAGACGACUUCUCCUGUCCAUAUGAGCGAGGACUUCUGUGUGGAGGAAGAGGUGUGUGCGUGUCGAGCGAGUGUGUGUGUGAAGAUGGCUGGACAGGUGAGACCUGCAGUUGUCCACUCUCCAAAGCAAACUGCCAAUCAGCCAACGGCUUGAUAUGCAGCGGGCUGGGAAAAUGUGUGUGCGGCAAGUGUGUGUGUGACGACGUCAGACACUCAGGAGACCACUGCGAGCGAUGUCCUGCUUGCCAAAGCACCUGUCAGUCACACUGGAAGUGCGUGGGCUGCCACCUGACACACGGCCUCUCACAAAAAGGUGCAGGAAACUGCAACCAUAGUUGUCCACCACAGGUGAUCUACAGGGAUUAUGUCUCAGGUCAAGACCUAGAAAAGUGGAUCCAAUGCAUGUACAUCAGUAAUGACAGCUGUCGCUACCGAUUUCAAAUCGGCUCACACUCUAGUCAGACAGAGAUUCACGUCAGCACAAGACCAGAGUGUAGCAGCAGUGGUCGGCUGAUUGGAACAUUCCUUAGCGUGUGUGCUCUGACUGUGCUGUGCGGCCUGGUGGUGGUGGCUAUGUCCCGGUUGCUUCUGCAAAAGAAACGCUGGGCAGCAGAGGGCACUGCUGACGUUGGAUUUUAUCACUGCACUGGAAAGGAUUUGUCAUAUAUUCCUACAACCAAUGAGAAAACCGUAACCUACCGAAGAGACCAGCCACCUGACCCUGUGGAGAUGCACGUUGAUAUUCCCAAGAUGCCACUGGGUGACCCCUGGCAUUACUGAGCAGGUCAGAAAAAUGUGGUGAAGUCUCUAAAAAUCACUGUGGAGAGGAUUAUCACUCAAACUACACUAUGGAAGCUCCACGGGAUCAUGUGGGUAAAUAAAAAGAGCUUAAUGACUUUUACAGACUGUUGGACUAAUGUGGCCAGUUACUUGGAGACUGAGAUUAAAACAAAAAGCACAAAUCAAUGGGAUAUUCUAGCUCUGUUGCAGCCGAAAAGACUCUUCCUCGACAUUCAACGUAAUAAUUGUUCUAACUAAGGUCCUGUGUGUGUGUGUGUUUGUGUUCGUGUGUGCAAUAAAUGCGUCUCUGCCUGCAGCAGGCUUUCUAUUUAUGACAGGAGAACUAACAGAUACAUUACGGGCCACAGUUGAUUGUGUGACUCUCUUAUGCUACCUGCACUGUCUUCCUGUAUUAGUCUGCCAUCGUGUGGCCAAUUUGAGGUGUGAAACUCGUUAAUGUUAGUGUCUACUCAUUACUGACCUCAGCUCUAUUAAUAUGGGAUGAAGCACUGCUGUGAUUCUGCGUUCCUCAUGACCUGUCAUGUGAUCAUACUUUCUGUUAUUUGUGGCAAACCUGACCUCAUGCUAUGUGGUGGGUUGUUUUUUGUUUGGUUUUUCCUUUGGAAAUGUGUGGAGUUUUUAGAUGUUACUUUUAUUGUGUGAGAAUAUAGUUUUAUCUGGUUAGACUUGCACUAGAACAACUGUUUUGCAAUAUACUACUGAAAACUGUGAGGUCUCUGGGGAGGAGAGAACUAGUGGUGUGUCUGAUUCUUGGGGCAUUAGAGGGAACUGUUGAGGACAGAACUAGCAACCAACACAAGAAAAUGUUUUUUUUUGUCUUUCUAUUUAGGGAAUGGAACGAGAGUAGUGGGCGUUUUUUAGACAGACACACAAUACAGAACCAACCACGCAAAAGCAGAAGUUCAAUUGUUUUGUCUGGAAACUAGUGAAACUUAAUGGGAGUCAAAAUCACCAAUGUAUCACUAGAGGGCGCCCAAGUGCGCGUACUAGUGUCACAUCUACUACAGUUCGAGGAUCAUUCUUCUAAAGCAUGCUGUAUCGUCCUUUGUCUGAUCACGUGGUCUCUGUAACAGAGACACAUCUGUGUAUUCAUGCAUCUGCUGAUGGCUCCAGAGCCACCGAUGACCAGAAGUAUAUGUUUCCACACUGACACCAGCUACUGGGCAAAGGUACAAAAAGGUACCAAGGUCAGAGGUCAGAGGUAAACCUUUCUCUCCUCACACUUCUGUGCACUAGCUCCUCUGGAUCCUGACUGGGUCCAGACUGUCCUUACACAAACUGUUUCCCUUAUUUUAUAAUUACUUUUAUUUAAUGUUAAGUUGUUUACAGCAAUAGCUCAACACUAAUUUUUAUUUAUUGUGAUUUUAUUAUCUCCUUAUAUUAUUCACA